AUGCGGCUGCCGCACGCGGCCGACCUCCGCGCCUUCCUCGCGGCUGCCGCCGUCGCGCACCUCUCCUCCUGCAGGGCCUCCCGCGCCUCCCCGUGCGCGCCCCUGCCCCGGCCACCUCCCCGACUACGCGCGUUCGCCUCCUCGCGCGCGCCUCGCCGCCCGCCCUCCUCGCCCUCGCAAACGGGGGGCAGUCGCCUUCGCCUCUGCCGCCGCCGCCGCAGCAGCCUGCGAGCAUGUGGCGGAGAAGCCCGCUAUAUGCACGGCCGACGAGCUGCGCUACGCGCCCGUGCCGGGCACCGAGUGGCGGCUCGCGUUCUGCCGGCGCCGAAGAGGAACCACCCGCUGAUGCUGCUGUCUGGAGUGGCCACGAACGCCAUUGGGUUCGACCUGUCCCCUGGGGUGAGUGAGCUUGUCCAUAAUGGAGCUAUUGGUAUGGCUUCAUUUGCUCGUCAUAUGUCCAUGCAAGGAUUUGAUACAUGGAUUGUUGAAGUGCGUGGUGCAGGCCUGAGCAUGCGUGGAUCAGAACUAGCUGCAGCUAACACCGAGUCUGACAUCACCCCUGAUCCUAGUUUGGAUGAAAGUUCUACAGCAAAAGCAAGUGUUGUUGUUCCUGCUGAGAAUAUGUCCACUUCUCAACCUCAAAUUUCUGAAGUUCCAGUAAUAGCAGAUAAGAACAUGGUAGGAACAAGUAUAUCAGAAGAACCACAGCUGGUGACAAAGUUGUCAAAUGCUUUGGCACAAUUGGGUGAAACAUUCUCAGAACUUGCUCCCGAUGCCUCCUUAGCUAGCCUUGAGGAGGUUUCAGAAAGGAUUUUAGGUUUGUUGGAAUUGCCACAGACAUCAGUGAUAUCUGAUCAAAUUAGCAAUUUAAGUCAGUGCCUUGUGAAGAUUCUGGGGGAGGGCCAACAAAGUGUUUCCCCUAAGCUGUUUGGCUGGCAAGAACGCCUCUCCGCAACCAUAGAAGACCUACAGAAACAAUUGGAGCUUAUUAUAAGCUAUGAUUGGGACUUUGACCAUUAUCUGGAGGAGGAUGUACUUGCUGCGAUGCAUUACAUAAGAAAACAGAGUGUACCGAAGGAUGGGAAAUUGCUUGCUAUUGGUCAUUCCAUGGGAGGAAUCUUAUUGUAUGCGAUGGUUUCAAAGUGUGGAUCCGAAGGGGCUGAGCCAGAGCUGGCAGCAAUUGUUACUUUGGCUUCAUCAGUUGACUACACAACAUCCAAUUCCUCACUCAAGUUGUUAUUGCCGUUUGCAGAUCCAGCUGAGAUGUUGCAUGUUCCUGCUAUCCCACUAGGAGCAGGAGCAUUACUGUCUACUACCUAUCCUAUAUCAUCUCGUGCACCAUAUAUUCUGUCACUGCUUCGCUCUCACAUUUCAGCCAAGGAAAUGAUGGACCCUGAACUGCUUUCAGAGCUUAUCUUGAAUAACUUUUGCACAGUACCAGCAAAGGUUUUGUCACAGCUUAUGACCGCAUUCCGUGAUGGCGGGCUGUGCAACAGGACUGAAACUGUGAAGCUAAUUCCUCAGCAUUUGGUUACAUACAAGGUUUUUGGAGAACCCGAAGGCCCUCACUAUGCACAUUAUGAUUUAGUUGGAGGGAGAAAGAUUGUCAUUCUUAGUCCCAUAGGCCAUAGCAGAAGCACUGGGGAGACGAACCUUGCUGGUUGUUGGCACCUCGGUGAAACCUUAAGAGCCGAUGUAUUUUCUGAACGUCUGAUGCCUGAUGGUGGAUGGGUCGGUGUCGCUGAUCACCGCCCGGUAGCCACCAGCAAUUGCUGA